CCGCAUGAGUUUUUUUAUUCUUCAUUCACGACAAAAAAAUGAAUCCACGUUGUGUUUUGGCUUCUCUGCAUUUGCUCGUCACCAUUGGCUUUAUUCCAGUAUGUUUGUGUGCCCAGGGGAGAUAUGCGUACAAGUUGCUGAAUGAUUUGUUCGUGAAUUACACCAGUGCAUUGAGGCCUGUUGAAGAUACGGACAACAUCAUUAACGUCACACUGCAAAUCACUCUCUCACAGAUCAUUGAUAUGGAUGAAAGGAACCAGAUCCUGACAACAUACCUGUGGAUUCGUCAGGUGUGGUUUGAUGCCUAUCUCUCCUGGAACAAGACAGAUUACGAUGGGCUUGAUACCAUCCGUAUACCUAGUAGUUAUGUAUGGAGACCCGAUAUUGUCCUAUAUAACAACGCAGAUGACCAGUUCUCCAGCUCUAUGGAGACCAACGUGGUGAUCCGUCAUGACGGCCAGAUCAUGUGGGAUCAGCCGGCAAUAACCAAGAGCUCUUGCAAGGUGGAUGUAUCCUUCUUUCCGUUUGAUGCACAGCAAUGCCGCCUCACCUUCGGCUCCUGGACGCACAACGGCAACCAGAUGGACCUUCAUAAAGCCCUGGACAGUGCUGACCUGGCUGACUUUGUGGAGAAUGUGGAGUGGGAGGUUCUGGGCAUGCCUGCUAAGAAGAACAUCAUCCUCUAUGGCUGCUGCUCAGACCCCUAUCCUGAUAUCACAUUCACACUUCACCUGAAUAGAAGAGCUUCCUUCUACAUCUUCAAUCUGCUCAUACCAUGCAUGAUGAUCUCCUUCCUGGCUCCGCAGGACUUCUACCUGCCGGCUGACUCUGGAGAAAAAGUAUCUCUAGGGGUCACAGUGUUACUGGCCCUAACUGUCUUCCAGAUGCUCGUCGCUGAAAGCAUGCCUCCUUCAGAGCAUGUGCCGCUUAUUGGGAAAUAUUACAUAGCCACAAUGACCAUGAUCACAGCUUCUACAGCCUUGACCAUCUUUAUUAUGAACAUCCACCACUGAGGACCCGAGGCCCAACCUGUUCCCGCCUGGGCCAGACGAUUAAUUCUCAACUAUCUGGCUCGAAUCUGCUUUGUUUAUGAUCUGGGCGAGAGCUGCCUGCCCACUCACACAGACAAAUCUACCCAGAAAGAAACGAGUUGCGCUGUAAACGCUAGUGCCAGGGGUGAGGACUUGGCUCUGAGAGUACGAGGAAUUUCUAAAGACAAACUGAAUGAAGACGUCAGUCCUACCCUGUCCACUGAAAAAGAGUCAGUAGGUGGCUGGAAGGAUAGCAACUGUGUGGGCAUUGACCCUGGUGAGAUGGGAGGAGCUACUAGGGGUUGUGCAGGUAAAGCAGGUGAGAGCGGAAUGGGCGGAAACAAGAGGGAGAUGCUUCUGGAAGGUCAGUGUAAAUGCCAUCAACAAACCCUGCUGAGGAACGUAGAGUACAUCGCUAAUUAUUAUUAUGAUCAGAAGGCCACACAGAGACGGAACGGCGAGUGGCGCAAAGUCGCCAAAGUCAUGGAUCGCUUUUUUAUGUGGAUCUUCUUCAUUAUGGUAUUCCUCAUGAGUUUGCUUAUUAUAGGAAAAGCGGUCUGAGUGCUUGAAAUGUAUACUGUAAACACACACUUUCUAUAGACAUAAUGAUUUUGAUACUGUACAAACUGUAUACUGUAUCCCAUAACCCUCACCCUAUAAUUAACCCUCACACAAACCUUUCUGUAUUUUUCAGUUUUCGAAUAAACAUCGUUUUGUUUUAUUUAGAAGCUGUUUUUCUCAACGGGGCGAAUAAUGUCCCCACAGGACCAAACACACACACACAUAUACAGCUGCAGAAAAAAUUAUAAGAGACCAUUCCAAUUUCAAAUCAGCAUUUCUAGAUGUAUUGUGGUCAUUCCAGUGUCUGUUGAAUUUCAACAAAAUCAAACCUCAUGAGUGACAGUCAUCCAACAGCAAUGUGAAAGACUGAGCAUGACAAGACACAUGAAAACUGUGAUAAAGAUCCAAGUUAUCAUAUAAAAAAGUGUUUAACUUUUCCUGAAUACAUGUACAAAUAUUACUGUUGU